CCAAAUUUAACAAAAACUCAAAUCGAAAUGAGACAACUAAAGCAUCACGAAAAAAAGUUACUUAAAAAAGUCGAUUUUCUAGAAUGGAAAAGAGAUUCCACUCUAAGAGAAGCAAAAGUGAUGAGAACUUAUCAUGUUCAAAGAAGAGAAGAUUAUCAUGCCUACAAUUUAUUAUGUGGACAAAUUCGAAAAUUAUCACAUAAAUUAUCAUUAUUACCACCACAAGAUCCAUUUAGAUCUCAACACGAAUCAUCAUUAUUAAACAAACUUUAUGAUUUAGGUUUGAUGGAUGGGAAUGGUAGAACAGAUGAUUCGAAUGGAGGAAAGAUGAGUGAUAUAGAAAAGAAAAUCACUGUGAGUGCCUUUUGUCGUAGAAGAUUAGCUGUUAUGGUUUGUAGAAUGAAAAUGGCAGAAACGGUCAAAAUGGCUGUUCAGUAUAUCGAACAAGGUCAUAUUAGAGUAGGUCCAGAUGUGAUUACAGAUCCUGCUUUCCUUGUGAAUAGGCAUAUGGAAGAUUUCGUAACUUGGGUGGAUACUUCUAAGAUGAAACGACAUAUCGAAAGAUAUUCAGAUCGAUUAGAUGACUUUGACUUAUUGUAAAACUUUCAACAACUUGUUCAAUCUUCAUCGCAAUAAGUCUUGGAAUCGUACCGAACACACAUUUACUUCCUUACUCCUUUGUAAUCUGCUCACUCGAAAUGAUAAAGUCCACAAACUUCUCAAUCUCUUCGUUCCUCACUUUACGAUUGAUCAAAAUAUGUAAAUAUUAGAUACCAACUAUAUGGGAUAUGUCAUGUUUCAAAUCCUUUUACCUAGUUAUAAGGAGUUAUGAAACUAAACAAAAAUGUACAGGAAGUAAUACUAAAAAGAUGAACAUCUUCAAUAAAACCUAAGAAAAAAUUAAUAGCCUUCACAUUUUGCAUUC